AGAAAGCAAAAGUCCUGCGGGAAGGGGCUGUUCAACCUCACCUGCAGCCACCUCAACCUGGUGGAGAAGGAAUACUUCGGGCUGGAGUUCUGCACCCAGGCUGGGAACCACGUCUGGUUGGAGCCUCUAAAGCCCAUAACAAAGCAGAUUAAAAUGGACCCCGGACACCUGCGAGAGGAGCUGACGAGGUACCUCUUCACCCUGCAGAUCAAGAAGGACCUGGCACUGGCGAGGCUGCCCUGCAGUGACAAGAGUGCAGCGCUGCUCGUCUCCCACCUGCUGCAGUCCGAGCUGGGUGACUUCCAUGAGGAGACAGACCAGCAGCACCUGGCCACGCACAGGUACCUGCCCAACCAGGAGUACCUGGACAACAAGAUCAUGCACUACCACCGGCGGCACAGGGGGAAGACGCCGGCUGAGUCAGAUGCCCAGCUGCUGGAUGUGGCCAGGAAGCUGGAGAUGUAUGGGAUUCGCCCACACCCUGCCAGCGACGGCGAGGGAACGCAGAUCAACCUGGCGGUGACACACAUGGGGGUGCUGGUGCUGCGGGGCAAUACAAAGAUUAACACGUUCAACUGGUCCAAAAUUCGCAAACUGAGCUUCAAGAGGAAGCAUUUUCUCAUCAAGCUCCAUGCAAACAUUGCUACUCUGUGCAAGGACACACUGGAGUUCACUAUGGCGAGCAGGGAUGCCUGCAAGGCUUUCUGGAAGACAUGUGUGGAGUACCAUGCCUUCUUCCGGCUGUCUGAGGAGCCCAAGUCAAAGCCCAAAGCCCUUCUGUGCAGCAAGGGCUCGAGUUUCCGCUACAGUGGGAGGACGCAGAGGCAGCUGCUGGAGCAUGGGAAGAAGGCAAAGAUAAAAAGCUUACCCUUCGAGAGGAAGCACUAUGCGUCCCACUACGAUGAGAGGCAGUGCCGCUCCUCCCCGGACCUCCUGACAGAUGUGUCCAAGCAGGUGGAGGAGCUGCGCUUGGCCUAUGGCAGCUGCGGCUCCUUCCGCACCACCAGUGGGGUGCACACCUCCGAGCCCACACUGGACAGCCGCCACAGCGGAUCUGCCACAGCAAUGAUGUUUGCUGCCGAGCUGGAGCGCUCCAGGCCCGAAGUGAUCCCAGCCUUCCUGCCCCACUCCAAGAGCAGCUCUGCCUUCCCCCUGCUUUACACUCAGCUGGAGCUGGAGCGGGCAUGGGAGCCCACCGACCCCUUCAGCAGCAGGAACCCCUUGACGUCCUUCCGCCCCCACCACAAGUUUGCUGGGAGCAGCAGAAGCCCCUCAGUGGGCAACAUGCGGGAGGUCAGCGUCAGGCCGCUGGUGUACAUGGACGUGCCGUGCCCUCCGCUGCCACCCGCCCCGGCCUCCCAGCUCCUCUUCUAUGAAGACAGGCCACCGCCGCCCCCGUGCCAUGAGCCCAGCGAGGAGGCAGAGGGAGCGGCCGGUGGGUGCAUCCCCGUGGCCACAAAAAUGGCCAACUGGGGUCCCGGCAGCAGCUGGAUGGGGGAACUGCAGCACGAAGCCUCGCACAGGGCUGUGGGCACCGGCGUGGGCCCAGCCAGGGAGAGAAGGCAGCCGGCUCGCUCCUUCGAUUACAGCCUUCAGGAGCAGCCUCCCAAGCGCUCCUGGAGUCAGUCGGACAUGAAAGCCAUCCGCUUCCCCUACAGCUCUGAGUUCAGGCCCCUGGGUCCGUGCCCAGCCCUGAGCAGCCGGCAGGCCGGCAUGCUGCAGCACGUGCUGGCCCAGCAGCGUGCAAUGCCAGGGCUGCGGCGUGCCGCUGAGCGCUACGUGGGCAGCAGCACCGAGUCCAGCGACUCCGAUUGCGACCUCCUGGCUGCUGACUAUUGCUCCCUGUAUGGCAGAGUGCUGCGGGCACCCAGGGCCCGUGUGCGGCUGUCCUCGGGCAGCCUGCAGCUGGAGGAGGAGGAGGAUGAAGAGGUGUCCUUGGCCACAGGUGCUGCUGAAGAGAGGACUUGCAGGGGGGCCUCCAGGUAUUUCACGUAGGUGCCUGUUGCCUGCCGAAAGGAGAGGCCGGGCAGAGCCAAGGCUGCUGAAGGAUCGCAGUCCUGCUUGUUGUUUGUGAAACAAGGUGGUUGGCUUGUAUUGUGUGAGUGAUGUUAGUUGUAGAGGAUGUGUUAACAGAUAGCUGAGGGUGUCCAGAAGUACCCAUCUCCUGUGGCACACAAGGAAGAUGGCACAUUGCUGUCACCAGGUUGUUCCCAUGCUGGGGAUCCAACACCACGCAGAAGGGCUAGGGCUCUCCCAAAGCCCCACAGCCACCAUCUCCAGUCCUCGCAAGGCUGGCUCAGAGCUCAGCCCCUGCUGUCAUUAUCAGUACACUGGGUGGAAAGGAAAAGGCAGCCGCAUCCCCUCAAAGUUCAUGAACAUCUUGCUUUCCCAGCCCCGGGGAAGCACACGCUUCCCCCUGAGAAGGGAGCAGCAUGGGCACAGAGCUGCCACUGUCCCAGCAUAGAGCUUGCCUGCUACCUCACCUUGCAGUCAUGCUCCCAGCCCUUGAGAGCAGCUGCACACAUUUUUUUUUUUUCUUUUUUCCUAUGUAAUAAAAAGACCAUUACCCUACAACUACAGGCCAUCUGCCAACAGGAGAAUGGUGCUACAGAGGUACGAUGUUAGAGGAAGAUCUUUCUACUUUUUGUUUGAUUUUUAAUAACUCCAUGAGGCUGUAGGACAUGACUACAAUAGGGACAGUAUAUCUAUGAGAUACGGGAAUGGAUUUCAGGAACACAGGAGCUGAAGCAAGGACCAAAUAGAUUAAGAAGUACAAAGAACUAGGUUUAUGGUUACUGUCCCACACUGAGCAUCAUUGUCUUUUGUUUUAGA